GGGAAAGCCCCUGAAGACUGGGAGCUCUUGCAGAGUAGUGAGCGCAGCAAGACUGUCCCUCCUGCCCUGCGCCGCACGGAGCUGGUGGCUGUGCUGGAUGGAGCCGGAGGCCGCCUCGUGGUCUGUGUGCGCAAUGGCCACAUCAAGCGAAUCACCGACAAUGACAUUCAGUCGCUGGUGCUGGAGAUUGAAGGAACUAAUGUCAGUACCACAUAUAUCACGUGCCCUGCUGACCCAAAAAAGACCCUGGGCAUCAAACUACCUUUCCUAGUGAUGAUCAUCAAGAACCUGAAGAAAUACUUCACUUUUGAAGUGCAGGUGCUGGAUGAUAAGAAUGUACGCCGGCGUUUCCGGGCAAGUAACUACCAGAGCAUGACUCGGGUGAAGCCCUUCAUCUGCACCAUGCCCAUGCGGCUGGACGAUGGCUGGAACCAAAUCCAGUUCAACCUAUCGGACUUCACGCGCCGGGCGUACGGGACAAAUUACAUUGAGACCCUGAGAGUUCAGAUCCACGCCAACUGUCGCAUCCGACGGGUGUAUUUCUCUGACCGGCUCUACUCAGAGGACGAGCUCCCCGCUGAGUUCAAGCUGUAUCUGCCUGUCCAGAACAAGGCCAAGCAAUAACACCACGUUGGGAAGAGAUGCGAAAAAUGUUUGGGGUCAGUAAGAAAACAAAAGCAAGUGGAAGAGAAGGCCCUGCUGAGACCAAGUUUUAGAUCAGCUCACCUUACCUAGGGUAACUUUGAUCCAUCUGGUAUCCCUCUUCUGGACAGGACACAAUUAACCAUGUAACAGGUCUGGGACUAUGUUGUUGUUGUGCAAGUUGUAGAGAAUUAGAAUUUUCUCAGCUGUUCCCAAAGUGCUGAGCCCAAACAGUGCAAGUGGCUGGGUGCCUGAUCUUGUGUUGCACA